AUGGCUAAUACAAAGCUUAAUUAUGAUUCAAGUCUCCGUUCAAAUGAUGAUAUAGAUAAUCAAGAGUUAGAACACUUUCUCGAACAAAAGAAUAAUGCUAAUAAAAACAAUCGUUUUUCACAUGAAGUAGCAUCCAAUACAAUAAUUGAUUCUUUAGCAAAAGAAUGGUGGUCUAAAAAAAUGCCCAAUUGUGUAAUCAAUGAUUUGAUCGAAGAUUUGAUUCCAUUAUUAGUAUUGGGGUGCGAGAAAGUUGUCAAAGAAGCGGAUGAACGCAAUUUAAUCAAUACAAAUGCGCCUGAUCGACAAUUCAAUCCUGUUAAUUAUCUAGCACAAUAUUUAAUGCGAAACAAUCCAAAAUAUUUAAGAUAUGCUCAAACAUCACCCUAUCGUUAUGCCAUGAAACAAUUACACGAACAUUGUAAAGUUGAAGUGUUAAAAGUUUUUGGAGAAGAGGAAACAUUAUUACACGAUUUACUGAAAAAACGUCAAACAGAUCGAAUGGCUAAUCGUGAGACAACAACAUCAGAAGACAGUCGUCGACGUGAUUUAUUGAAAUCAGCAUUUCAUGAUUGGAAUGUGAAUGAACGUGGUUGGAUUGAAACAAAACUAAUCAAAAAUAUGCUCGAACAAACAAAUGAUUAUUACCAACAUCAUUCAACAGAAGAAAACAUUCAACUAGAAGUAAAUCCAAAUCAUCAAGCAUUUCAUUCCCAUAGAAUGCAUAUAGACAGUUUUACUGAAGGUUUUCUAGAAAUAUUACGCUCUGUUCCACAUGAUUUGUUUAAUAAUAUACUGGCAUUAUUUAGCAAAUGUGCAAAACAAUAUCGAGAUCAAGUAGAUGAACAUGAAAUUGACUUGUUAUUUCAACGUUUAUUUAAAAUUUUAGAUGAUAAACAUAUUGGUUAUCUAUUUCGUUCUAAUGUUAUGAAAACAUUGGAUACAUUUUAUAAUUCAAUUGACCCAGAUAAUAGAGUAAAAGUGAAUGAACCAGAUAAAUGGCCUGUUGUAAAACCAGUAUUAUUUCAACAAAAAACGGAUGAAAAUCGAAAGAAAUCAUCUAUUAGUACUCCUGAUAUUGAUAUCGAUGGAACAAAAACACCAGACGAUAAUAAUCGAGUGAAGUCCGAUGAUCGAAAUACAAAUAGCGAAAAAACUGAUCAGGUGACAAUUGAACAACAAGAAAAUGAAAAUGAAAAAUCACAGCAUGGUAGCAGUGCUAAUACACUUGAUGAUGAAAACGAUCAACAAACACGAACCGAUACGAAUACAUCACCUUAUUUGGAUUUAAAAGAUGUUAAUGCGUAUGAUCCGCAAUUUCGUUAUUCUAAGAUAAAAGAGGCAACAAACAAUCUAGAAUCAUUGACAUUUUUAUCUAAAAACGAAUCAUUUCCAUUUCAUGAACGUUUAAUUAAUGAAGAACAAUUUUGUGCACUAUUGAAAGCAUUUAUUGGCAAUGAAAAGGAUGAAUUAACCACUACGGCACUUGUUGAUUUUUUCAAAACACUUUAUAAUGAAACACCCGAAGAAAAAACAGAUAAAAAAGAUAGUAUCAUUCAGCGUGAAAGAGAGAGACAAAUGAGAGUAGCAGCCGAUACAUUAUUUGAUAAAAUUGAUAAUACAACACUUGGUUCGAUUAAAUUCGAACCGAUUGCAACUAUUCUUAAAGAAUAUAAAGAUGAAUCAGUUCUUGAAUAUAUUCAGCCUAUAUUAGACGCCUAUAAAGAAAAUCAAUCAUUAACAAAAACACAAUUUUAUGAUAUACUGGUUAGAAUUCAUAAAAUAGUUCAUGCAACACAAGAAGAAACAUUUGAUCAAUUACUGAAAUUUAUUGAAAAUAGACAACCGAUCAAUCGAAACGAACGCGAUCGUGCCGAUUUACGUCAUCAGUGGUUGAAAAAACUGCGUGAUAUACCCUAUCGUACAUUAAACGUUUUGUACAAAGAAGUUAUUGAUACUUUAAAGAAAGAUGCUGAAACAUUUGGUGGUCAAAAAUGUAUUAAUGCGUACAUUGCACUAUUAGAGCGUAAUACAGAAAAAACUCAAAAUUCUAUUCGAUACGUAGCUACAACUGCUGAUAAUGCUGAUCUUCUUUUGGGUCAAACAUUGACACGUGGUCAAGGUAUAUCAUUUCAAGUAAUGGAUAGUGGUAAACCAACGUAUAUUUCACAAACAAAAAAUAAUUCACGUAUCCAUUUUUUUGAUGAAAAUGUUAAAUCAAAUAAUGGUUCAUUUGUACUUAUACCAUUAAAACGAACUGUUCGUGCAAAAUGUAAUGGUUGUCUGGGUAUCGAUACUGUUCGAGAUAAAAAAGAAAAAGCAUUUAGUAAUGAUGAAAUACAAUUUUACCAAGCUGUUGCAUUAGCAUUCUCCGAAACAUUUGGUUAUGUUGAGUUUGAUGAUUAUAUGAAUACUGUUAUUUCACGUGCAUCUUACUGGAUGAAUGUUCGUUGUACAUCGAUUGUUACAAUGGAUUAUUAUACAUAUGAACCGUUGACAAUGAGCAAUCCAAAAGAACGUUUACUUCGACAUGUAAUGACAAAUUCAAAUCAAAAAAUGACUAUAGUUAAUGAACCAUCAACAAUUGAUAUUAAAGAACAAAUAUUUAAAUACCGAUUAGAACAUGCUGCUUCAAUUUGUCAGCCAACUAUUACCACAUUUCUUGAUGAAACACAUUUGAUACAACCAUUGCAUGGACGAGAUGGUUAUUGUUUUGCCUUAUUGGAUGUGAAUAUUGGUGAAAAUAAGUCAUUACCACUAGAUCAAAACAUAGUAUUUAUGCAAUUGUGUCGAUUGAUUUAUUUUGCCGUUUAUGAAUUAGAAGAAGAAAUUGUUGAUGGAACAUCACAACGAUAUUUGUAUUGCGAACAACAUUUUGAUGAAAAUCGAAUUAAAUUUUUAUUUGAUCGUUUAUGGUACAGAGAUCUUUGUGAUCGUCUCGUUACAAUGCCAUUAGAAAGUGUACGCGAAGUUAUUGAUAAUUCAACUAUAUCCGAUGAUAUGAAAAAAUUAUUAAAUAUUAUUGGAAAUCUUGUUAUGGGAAAAAAUAAUUUCACUGUUAAAGAUGUGACCAAUAAUAAUUUAUUUUCAAAUAUGUCAAAUUUUGAUCCAACAAUAAAGAAUGAUAAACAUACGGAUACGUGGAAUAAAGCAGAAAAUAUUUUGAAAUCUAUCAAUUCAGCAUUAUUAAUUCAAUCCGAAGUACCAAUAGCCAUCAUAAUGUAUGAUUGGCUAAAUGUCAGCUUAACACUCUAUAAAAUGACCAAAGUCCAAGAAGAAAUGCAAUAG